CUGAGGAAUUAAUAAGCAACUCUCUGUCACAAUCUGGUUACGCAGGUCAUCCUCACAGGACCAGCCCAGAUAUGGCAGUCGUCCAGAUGCAGAAAAACACAAUGGGUACGACCAUGUUCCCUAGCAAGGUUACCACCGAGCAGCAGUCGUUGGUCCUGGUAAAACGGCUGCUAGCAGUGGCCAUCUCCUGCAUCACGUAUCUCCGAGGCCUCUUCCCUGAGCAUGCCUAUGGCACACGAUACCUGCAGGAUCUUUGCGUCAAGAUUCUAAGGGAGGAUGACAACUGCCCGGGAUCCUCUCAAAUUGUCAAAUGGAUGAUGGGAUGCUACGACGCUCUCCAGAAGAAGUAUCUGCGAAUGCUGAUUUUAGCCAUCUACACAAAUGAGGAAGAUCCUCAGACAAUCACGGAGUGUUACCAGUUUAAGUUCAAGUACCUGACGAGUGGGCCCACCAUGGACUUCGCAAGCAACAACAAGAAGAUCAGCACCACCAUGAGCUGUUCAGACACGAAGAAAGCCAGCAUCUUGCUCAUUCGCAAGCUCUACGUUCUGAUGCAGAGCCUGGGGCCCCUUCCUAAUGAUAUCUGCCUCAAAAUGAAGCUGUCUUAUUAUGACGAAGUGACUCCGCCAGACUACCAGCCUCCUGGCUUUAAAGAGGGCACCAUGGAUAACAUGAUGUUCGAGGGGGAGCCCGUCUUCCUGAGCGUGGGUGAGGUAGCCACUCCAUUCCAUGUCCUGAGGGUAAAGGUCACAACAGACAGUGAUCGCAUGGAGCAAAUUGACAAAGAACCACUGAAGGAGGAUGAGGACAGCCCUGCUGGCCAGGCCGUGGAAUUGGAUCCCAACGAGCAAGUGGAAAUUAACGACUCUUUGCCGGCCGAAAGUCCGACCAUUUCCCAGGUGAUUGUUCCCGGAAAUGGUAAGGCCGAUGGGCAAAAUGCAGAAGCAAAGAAAUCGCCAGAAGUUGAGAAGACUGUGGACAAGUCAAGCCCCAAGAACAACAGCCCUGCUUCAGCGAUGGAGAAUUUGGUGAACAGGACGUCGGAUAUGAAGUUAUCAGGAAAGAGAACACGAAGUGGGAGGCUUUUCGAAAUGAAGUCUGAAGGAGCAGUGCUGGUGGGUAGCGAAGAGAAGAAACCAUGCGAGAGCUCCCAGAGAAAGGCAGCAGGCAAGAAGAGAAGCUGUUCAGAACGGGAUAAACCGAUUUACCAAUUCGAGGUUCCCUGCAGCCAGGAUGAAAUCUCCAGCCGGAAACGCAAGAAAUUCAGCGAGCCGAAGGACCGGUUCCGUUAA